UGCUCGCCUGAGUAGUACCGUCGCGAGCGUCGCCGAGUCAGCAUCGCGACUCGCGCCGCGGGGAGACAGUCUCUCGGACGUCGCUGCACGUGUUCUUCCUAGUCCUGCCUCUGACCUGUGCUCCGCUCCCUGGGCAACGACUAGAUUCGCGACUAGCGAGCGUCGCCUCUGUGCUCAUUCCUACCCACCCUCGCGGCUACGCAGCGAUACGCGAUACACACACACACGCGCGCGCGCGCGAGCGCGAUCUCAGGUAUAGUCGAGUGUGUGUGUGUUGCGGGAAAGGAGAGAAGACUCGGCGGCAACACAGUCCCGCUCUCCUGCGCUGCAGAGGGACGUGUGUGUAUUAUAACCGGCGAACGGGAGAGAGAGAAGAGGAGGACCGGGAACAGCAUAGUGACGGACGCGAAGGUCGCCGAUUUUUAACCGCUUUCGAGCGACGGCAGGAAAAAACAAUUUCGACGAGAGAGUCGCCGAUCCCGUGGUAUAUACCAGUCCACCCACGCACUGAAAAUGCCCCCCUUUGGCUCUCCUGCGUGUUCCAGAGCGCCGAGGAUGAAGCGAGAAGGACGAGCCGUCUAGAUACGUACACCGCAGUGUACACGCUCCCACGUCGUCCUCGAGACAGCAGGAAGUGGAGGAACGAGAGAGGAAGCGAUAUCCGCAGACGAUGCGUUGGCCGGCUCUGCUCCUGCUGCUGCUGCCGUUGGGCUGCUGCAGCGCGAAGAGAGCCCCCGCGGAUGAGCUGCCGCCCGCCGAGGACGUCUUCGUCGGUCAGCGGAAAAUCUAUCACCGGCAGCAGCAGCAGGCCGGUCCGGCGCCCCAGGGCAGCGCGGCUUACCUGCCCUACCUGAACCGGGAGAGGAAGCCCAACAUCGUGCUCAUCCUCACCGACGACCAGGACGUCGAGUUGGGUUCGCUGAACUUCAUGCCGAACACGCUGAAGCGCAUCAGGGACGAGGGCGCUGAUCUGCGUCACGCGUACGUGACAACUCCGAUGUGCUGCCCGAGUAGGAGUUCCCUGCUGACCGGCCGCUACGUCCACAACCACGAGGUCUUCACCAACAACGACAACUGCAGCAGUCCCCAGUGGCAACGGGACCACGAGCCGCACACCUUCGCCACUUACCUCAGCAACGCCGGCUACCGCACCGGCUACUUCGGCAAGUACCUGAACAAGUACAACGGCUCGUACAUCCCGCCUGGCUGGCGCGAGUGGGGCGGCCUGAUAAUGAACUCGCGCUACUACAACUACAGCGUCAACAUGAACGGCAAAAAGAUAAAGCACGGCUUCGAGUACAACAAGGACUACUACCCGGAUCUGAUAGCCAACGACAGCGUGGCCUUCCUCAGGCAGAGCAAGCACAACUUCGCGAGGAAGCCGGUCAUGCUGGUGGCCAGUUUCCCGGCGCCUCACGGCCCGGAGGACUCGGCGCCCCAGUACUCCGACAUGUUCUUCAACGUCACCACGCAUCACACGCCGGCGUACGACUACGCGCCCAAUCCGGACAAGCAGUGGAUUCUGCAAGUGACGCAGAAGAUGCAGCCGAUACACAAAGAGUUCACGGACCUCCUCAUGACCAAGCGGCUGCAGACUCUGCAGAGCGUCGACGCUGCCGUCGAGCGGAUCUACCAAGAGCUCAAGAGCCUGGGCGAGCUGGACAACACGUACAUAAUCUACACCUCGGACCACGGCUACCAUCUCGGCCAGUUCGGCCUGAUCAAGGGCAAGAGCUUCCCCUUCGAGUUCGACGUGCGCGUGCCGUUCCUCGUACGCGGCCCGGGCAUCGCGCCAGGAUCCGUAGUAGACGACAUAGUUUUGAAUAUCGACCUGGCGCCGACCUUCCUGGACAUCGCCGGCGUAGAGCCGCUGCCCCCGAGGAUGGACGGACGCUCCUUCAAGAAGCUCUUCCUCAACAACAAACCGGGCCGUCGAUCCAAGUACAAGUGGCCGGACACCUUCUUGAUAGAGUCGUCGGGGCGACGAGAGACUCCUGAGUCGAUCGCCGAGGCCAAGGCGCGAGAGGCCAGGCGUCAGGCUAAACUAGCGGCCAGUAGUACUGCCAGCAGCAGCAGCACUAACGACGACGAAGGGGACAUCUUCGACACCGAGGACUCGUCGCCGGCGUCGAGGAGCUUCGUCGAGCACGAGCUCGGCAGCGAUCAGGACUUUUCCGACGACGAGGAGAUCGACGAUUCCAUUCUCGACGAUCAUGGCGAGGUGGAACCCAGCUCGACGGAGCUGCGCCUGGACAACGGCCUGAUGACGUCGCAGGCAUCGACCAAGCACGCCCGUCUGGCGUUCGAGUGUUCGCGAGCCUCGGCCCAGGCGGACUGUCUUCCGGGUCAGAAGUGGCGCUGCGAGAGAGACGGCCAGCGCUGGCGCCGUCACAAGUGCCGGCCUCCGACCAACAGCCCUCUCAUUCCGAUACCGCGCAACGCUUGGAAGAAGUGCGCCUGCUUCACGCCCAACGGCGUCGUCUACACCAGGCUCGAGGCCGACGACUUCGACGGUCGGCGCUUCCUCUUUGGCAGAGAGAGCCGAUUCACCGGACCAUACGGACAGGUUCAAGCCAUCGCGCCCAGACGGGGCAAGAGGGACGUCGACGAGGACAGGAGGCUGGACGGGGGAAACGAUCUGCUGAAGGACGACUGGGACGAGGACCUGAACCAGUACACUGCCGACGACUUUGACGCUAAGACUCUGGACGAGCUGAUAAUCGGUCAGCUGGACGUCGAUGACGUGGUUUCCAGACAUCGAAGAAUCCGCAGAAGUACCACCAAAAAGGACAGCAUCGAGCACGUUACCAAGAUCAUGGAGAGCAUCGAGGAAGAGCUGGACGACCUGAAGGCAAAGCACUCGAGCUCCGAUAAGCAGUUUAGACCCAAGUGCUCCGUCCUGCCCCGCGGUGACGUCAACUGCAGCCAAUCCGUCUACAAGGACCCCAACGAGUGGCGAAUUUCGAGAAAGGAGAUCGAGCAGCAGAUUCGCAGCAUGAGGAUGCAACUGGAGACACUGAAGGAAAUUCGACGUCACCUGAUGCUCAAACGGCCGCAGCCCGCGGCGAGCGGUGCCGCCGAGGAUCAAGAGCAGGAACGAGUGCCUGACUUGGUCGAAGAGAGCGUCACCCCAACUGCCGGCAACAAUUCGCACAAGCCGCACUCGCGGCACCCCAAGAACAACGCUGGCGCGCACAAUCACACGGGUCGGCAUCACCGCAAGCACGACAAAAACGCCGUCCUCGAGCCACAGCUGAACAGCAGUAGCAGUUUGGACGUGGCUGUGGUGCCCCCAUCGGUUAGUACCCAGGAACCGACGUCCCUUGCGACCCCAAAGCCCAAGAAGAAUGGACGCCGUCAACGGCUUCGCGAAAAUACCGACGGACUGAGCCCGGGUACGGACAUCGACGAUGAGAAGAUCCAGCAACAACCGCGACGCAGGAAACAUCAUCGGCACAAGAACAACACGAUCUUGACCAACAGCGUGCACGACGACAUCGUCGUGCCGGAAGUCGUGUCGACCGAGGCUCCUCUGAAAACCACGGCAUUCGAGCAGAGUUUUACGACGAAUGAAGAGACUGCACCGACGACGAUAUCGCCGACUAUGACCACGACGAUGACAUCAAACACGGAAGGUGCCAGCCUGAAUACAGACGAAUCUUCGGACAAUUCACUGCUGAAUCGGGUAUCGCCUAGUACCGGGAGCUACUUCGAAGUCGAUCCCGGCUUGACGACGGUUCCGGCUCCUCCGAGUCCAUUCGCCGACGUGAGCGACAGCGAGACAUCGACAGCCCCAAGCUCAACAACGAAAUCGACGACAAGCUCAACAACGACGUCCGAAGCCAGUACAAGCGUACAUUCGGCGAGGAAGCCUGUAUCCCGGGGAACGCAACGAACAAGGCCUGCGGGUAAUUCGGGUCACCACGGACGAAAAGACGUUUGGUUAGAAACGGGCGAUAAGCAGCCGCGUAGGAAUCCAGCAACACCGAGUCAGGAGCGACAGCACAAAUGCUUCUGCGAGCCGGACCCUUACGUCAGAGACGACAAGGAAGCAGCCAAGGAGGAGAAGCGAAGACUGAAGGAGGAGCGUAUGCGCAAGAAGGAGCGCAAGCUCCGAAAGAAGGCCAAGCUGGAAAAGGAGUGUCUCACCGAGAAGAUGAACUGCUUCGAGCAUGACAACGAUCAUUGGCGUACUGCGCCUCUCUGGACAUCCGGUCCCUUCUGUUUCUGCAUGAACGCCAACAACAACACCUACUCGUGCAUACGAACCAUCAACGCCACCCACAACUUCCUCUACUGCGAGUUCACCACCGGCCUCGUAACCUUCUACAAUCUGAGAAUUGAUCCCUUUGAACAAUGGAACAGGGCAUCUUCCCUCAGUCCGCUGGAGAAGUCGUACCUUCACGAUCAGUUGGAGCAUCUGAAGGGCUGCAGAGGUACGCACGAUUGCACAGUCGGCAGUGCUAGAGAAACUGCCAGGGAGCCGCUCAUUCAGCAGCAGCAGCAGCAGCAGCAGCAGAGAUCCAUGCUUAAGAGAAAAUAUGCUGAUACGUUCGAUGAGACAUUCGUUCCAUCAGCUUUGCAAAUAAUAGGCGAUAGUGAAUUGCUUCAUUUCCAAAACCGAAGACGUAGCAAGAAAUGGCCAUAUUCCUGGAAUAGGCACAAUAGAAGUUGGCAAAGCAGUAGACGAUAUCACGAAGACGCGAACGGCCAGAGAAGGCACCGCCAUCACGCGUAGAAGUUAUAUUUAAUAUCCACGGACAUUAUUUUUUUUCUGUUAGCACUUUUACAAAGUAAUCGGUGAACUUUUGGCUUUAUUUCACCAUGCUUCUUUCAAAGAAUUAUUAAACAAUGCUGCAAAGACUGCAACAGCUUCGCCAUAUGUACUGCUAACAGACAAGCCGUCAAAGAUGUACAUCUUUGAUAUUAGGAAUUUUUAGAUAGAACCUAUAUAUUUGCAAGAAGAUACAGAGAUGGGCAAGUUUCAAUUUAUUGAAUAAAGCACGGAUAAAUUACAUCUUGAUUUUGCAUUGAUUUGGUUAGAAAUUCAACGAGGCAAAUUGUAAUUCAAGCAGACUGUCUUGACAAUCAAGAAUUUGAAAAUAAUAUAAGAGCUUUCCUUGAACACCAACUUAAAGUAACGUUUUAAAAAGUAAAGAAGCAUAUAAUGCUGCCCAUUGCUGUACAUAACGAACAGCUUUCAUCUGCCAAUUGACGUUUUGUUAAAAGUCCCACUUGGUUGGCCGACCAACGAAUACUUCUAACAAGCAAAAAAACAGAAAAAAAGAAUUCUGCCUAUUUGUGCUAUUUUUGAGUGACGUAACGGCUAUAGACUAAUUCGAACAAAUUGUUAGCACAGAAUUUCCUGAUUUUUAUAUUGCCAUAUUAAACUUCACUAUACGUAAAUUUAUUAAUUUUUCUAUGCACUCUGCCACUGCCAGUGCAUUUUUUCCAAGAUUCGUUUAUUGUACAAAACUUGAAUAUAUUUAUUAUAUUAUACAUUCAAUGAGAUGCGAAAGAAAACUGUCUCGUUACGUCUCUCUUACUCUAUCUCUCUAUCUAGUUAUACAUUUUUUUACUCUUUCAAGAUUUAACAUCUUAAGAAUGAUAUUUAUGUAACUUUUUGUUAUAGCAUUGCAAUUGUAUAUUUGUAUUAAUUAAUAUUUAAAAACACAAGUGUUAAUGCCUAGAAUAAAAAAGUUUCUCUGAAGAACGUUUCAUGAACUUUUUCUAUUUCUUAUUUCACUGAUUAUUUAAUCAACUUAUAUACCAUCUUUAAAAUAAUCGUGAAUUCAAAAUUAAUAGUUCUAUGCAUCUUCAGUUCAGAGAAAUUCUUUUAUCGUUUCAUUGUUGCUAAAAAGGCGCAUGUAUGUAUUUGUCAAACACGUGUGUAAGCGAAUGUGUAAAUCAUAUUAUUUAUAUUUUUCAAAAAUGUAUAAGACUUCAGCAUUUGGAAAAAUACUUUUGGAUAUACCAUAAAGGGUUUUUUCUAUUGUUUUACGAUUCUAUACUUGGUAAUUGUACUGUUUUUUUUUUAUUUUAUCAAAUAUAAACAUCUGAACUAUUUAA